CAGUGAAUUUUGGAACACGGCCUCAAUCUCUUCGCCAAGUAAAACAACUUAAUGAUAUAUCAAACAGACACGAUUGUUAUUUCAGAUUGAUCGAAAUAAAAAUCUACAACAAUGACAGAAAAGAUAACUUUGUCAAAAAAUAUACUAGAGAUGAAGUUCAUGAAACGAACAAAAGAAAAAGUCGACAAACAACAAUAUCAAGAAGAAGGAGAGCUUUACUUUGGAAGCCAAGUUACAAAACGCAUGAAAAAAGAAUCAGAAAGAUUCAUCAUGGAAUCAAGCUAUGUUUUUUGUGAAAAACUUGUCAGUGGUAGAAUGAGUUUUCAAGGAAUGAAUCCAGUAAUUGAGAGGUAUAUGGAAUCAAUACAGAACCAAGAAAGAAUAAAUGUAGAAGAAAGCAAGCAAGUUGAUAUAUCAGAUGAGCAAAUGUCUGUUCAAUGGCAGAAAAUACGAGGAAAGUUUGAAUCUAUGCAAAAGCAUAAGAAUCCACGGUACAGUGCGGUUAAAGAUGAGCCAUUAAAAAAGAAAAAAUUCUUAAAACCAGUAGAUUGAUAUAAUGUAAAUAAUAUUAAGAGGAUAAUCGCUAAUUUAUAUUUCGAUACCUUUGAGAGACCAAAGAGACAAAUUGUCUCUGUGGAACUAAAGCUCACAAACUGUGAAACUUCGAAAUGUAUUACCUUUACUUGGUUAAUCUGACAUAAAUCAACUAUCAUAAGAUGAUUUAAAUGUGUUAUUAGAAAAAAAUCACUCAAUCAUAUGAAAUUUGUAUUUGUAUUUCAUAUUAAACAUAUUUGUAUUUCAUAUUAAACAUAUACAUGUAAUAUAUUUUUCUUACUUAUUAGUGUUUUGCUCAAAAAACAAAUUUGCAAAAUAAAUAGCUAAUUUUUUACUUCCACA